GGAUGAAACCAAGAACUUUCAUUCGUUACAAAAAAAAUUCUCCCUCGAAUGACAAUAUCGGAAGCCAGCAUCGCAGUUCGAGAGAGAGUGACAUAUUCGGUACCAAAUUAAAGCCCUUGGUUUCUUCUUAGAUGUAACGACUUCAAGUUCAUCAAAAGUGGACGAGAUCGGAAGUUUUGUCCAAUAAUCCGCGACUGCGGUGACUUCACACUCGACGCACGCACGCGAACGGCGCUAACUUUACAGACCUAAGGCGAAUGACAACGCCUGCGGCGCGUCAGGUAGGCCCGCCCGCCAGGUGUCUGUGUGGAUAUGGUGGCCUACCCUCAGCGCCCGAGCGGCGAUACCCCGUACUCUAGCGAACGCCAACCUAUCUGGACUCACAUACCUGCAACGAGACUACUCCGUGCAAUCACGUGCAACACUGUUGUUUACAGAAAGAGUUCGUUUGACUUUUGGUUGUUUGUGACUUUGCGAAGGAAGACCGUCCAUGAGUUGCAUUUGCGCUUGACAUAUCAGCUACGCAGCCGUCAGCUAUCACCCAAUGUAUGCUAUAUCGGCGUCACAGCACAGCAUGAGAAAUGGCCCCUUUUUCUCAUGAUCACAGGAAUUAAUCUGGUCACCAAAGUCGCCCCAAGUCACCAGCAGAAACAAGCCAGCUACUUGAGGAAGACUUAAGAUUAUAAUGUUAGAAACAAUAAAGAAUUAAAAUACUA